GGUGGGACCGGGGCCGUCGUGCCCGCUUCCGAGGCCCGCCUGCCAAGCCGGCUUUGGCUCGGGGCGACCGACUUCUGAGUCCCCCUGAACGCUCCGCGGCGGCACGGCCGACCGACGCACCAACCGGCCGCAACCGGCCAGCGCCGUCUGGAAACUUCGCUCGCUCGCUCGGCUUCUCCCGGGCUCGAGGUGGCUGACUGAACCGAACGCGCCGCUCGCCUCACUGAGCGCCGCCGCCUCGAAGGAAGUGGCCACGUCUCCCUCAGACGCGGGGGUCCGGCCCCGUGAGGACCCGCGCCUCCCUCCGGCCGCGCGACGCCUCGAGGCACGCCGGGUCGCUCAGGGCGCGCGGGAGCGAGCGAGCGAGAGAGCGCGGGCCGCCGUCGAGUCGCGCGAUCCCCAGCUGGCGGCCCUAAGACGCGGGCGCCGGCUCCUCAGCUGCGGCCCGGGGGCGUGGCAAGGCCCCACGGAUCCUGUUUUCCCGGCCAGGGCCGGCUUUCGGUUUCGUUUCCUUCCAGCGGAACAGUGGGACCGGGCCCGUGAACGACGCCAUCGUCCGUGCUGAGCCUCUGUCCGACGGCCAUGGCCCACGCCGGAGUGGCAGCGGCAGAGGUGACCCAGCUGCUGUGCGCGGCCGGGGGCGCCUUGGAGUUGGCGGAGCUGCGGCGCCGCUUGCGAACCAGCCUGGGGGCCGACGCCCUGGAGCGGCUGCUGCGGGACCGCGGGCGCUUCGUGGUGGCCUCGCGGGCGGCCGUGGCCGUGGGCGCGGGCCGGGCGGCGGCGGCGGCCUCGGAGCGCGUGGUGCUGGCCGUGUCGUCGCUGCGUCUAUGCCGCGCGCAUCAGGGCCCCAAGCCGGGCUGCACCGGGCUCUGCGCGCAGCUGCAUCUCUGCAAGUUUCUCAUCUAUGGCAACUGCAAGUUCCUGAGGACCGGGAAGAACUGUAGGAAUGGUCACAACUUGAAGACUGAUCACAACCUGAGUGUGUUGAGGACACAUGGUGUCGACCACCUCACAUAUACUGAGCUUUGCCAACUCUUGCUUCAGAAUGACCCUUCACUUUUACCAGAUAUAUGCCUACACUACAACAAAGGUGAUGGACCCUUCGGCUCUUGCUCCUUCCAAAAGCAGUGCAUUAAACUCCAUAUCUGCCAGUACUUCCUACAGGGAGAAUGCAAGUUUGGCACAAGCUGUAAGAGGUCCCACGAGUUCACUAACUCUGAGAGUCUGGAGCAGCUGGAAAGGUUGGGUUUAAGUUCUGACCUGGUGAGCAGGCUACUCUCUACUUACCGGAAUGCAUAUGACAUCAAGAAUAAGGACUCAUCCCUCAGCAAAGUGUCCCCUUCUUCUGCAGGUCCACAGGGGACUUCUGAAAGAAAAGGCAGCCCAGGCCCUGUGUCACCAGGCACUCCUAGCCAGGAGGAGGGUGAGCAGAUUUGCUUGUACCAUAUUCGGAAGAGUUGCAGCUUUCAAGAAAAGUGCCAUCGAGUUCAUUUUCAUUUGCCAUAUCGGUGGCAAUUCUUGGAUGGAGGCAAAUGGAAGGAUUUGGACAACAUGGAGCUUAUUGAAGAAGCAUAUAGCAAUCCCAGUAAAGACAGGAUUGUGUACACAGAGUCAGCUUCUGGCUUUCACUUUGAUGAUUUAGACUUUAAUUCCAUGACGUUUGGUAAUACUCUGGCUCGCAGACUCUCCACAGCUUCUUCAGUCACCAAACCCCCACAUUUCAUCCUCACUACUGACUGGAUUUGGUACUGGAUGGAUGAGUUUGGUUCUUGGCAGGAAUAUGGACGACAAGGCUUAGGGCACCCUGUGACCACCAUCAGUAGCAGUGACGUGGAAAAGGCUUACUUGGCAUUCUGUGUUCCAGGGGCUGAUGCCCAGGCAGCCACCUUGAAGUUCCAGGCUGGAAAACACAACUAUGAGUUAGACUUCAAAGCUUUUCUGCAGAAAAACCUUGUAUAUGGCACUAUCAGAAAGGUUUGUCGCAGACCCAAGUAUGUGUCUCCCCAGGAUGUGCAGAUGAAGCAGUCCUGCACUACUAAGUUCCACGGCCCAAAGAGCAUCCCAGACUACUGGGACCCUGCAGCCCUGCCUGACCUGGGAUUUAAGAAGAUCACUCUGAGUUCUUCCUCAGAAGAGUAUCAGAAGGUGUUGAACCUCUUCAACCGUACACUACCUUUCUACUUUGUUCAGAAGAUCGAGCGGAUCCAGAACAUGGGCCUGUGGGAAGUCUACCAGUGGCAGAAAGGUCAGAUGCAGAAGCAGAAUGGGGGGAAGGAAGUAGACGAGAGGCAGCUGUUUCAUGGUACUAGCACCAACUUCGUGGAUGCCAUCUGCCAGCAGAACUUUGACUGGCGAGUCUGUGGUCUGCAUGGCACGUCCUAUGGCAAAGGGAGCUACUUUGCAAGAGAUGCCGCCUAUUCACACCACUACAGUAAAUCCGACACACAUUCCCACACGAUGUUCCUGGCCCGGGUGCUGGUUGGAGACUUCGUCAGGGGCAGCACUUCCUUCGUCCGCCCUCCGGCCAAGGAAGGCCAGAGCAAUGCCUUCUAUGACAGCUGCGUGAACAGCAUGUCCGACCCAACCAUCUUUGUAGUUUUUGAAAAGCACCAGGUCUACCCCGAGUACCUCAUCCAAUACUCUACCUCCUCUAAGCCCCCAGCUAGCCCCUCCAUCUUUGUUGCCCUAAGCAACUUGUUUACCAGUCGACAGUAAGUAUGGCCAGGAUGCAUUAGGCUUUUCUGCCACAUCUGUCUGUCUGGUUGAGCUAUUUGGAAAGUCUUUCUUUCUUUCUUUCUUUCUUUCUUUCUUUCUUUCUUUCUUUCUUUCUUUCUUUCUUUCUUUUUUUUUUUUUUUUAAACAAAACUUUUAAUGAACUCUUGUAUAACAUUGGCUUCUCAGUGAAAUUACAUUUUUUUCUCCCCUAGUGCUGGGGAUGGAACACAGGGCCUUGUGCUUGCUAGAAAAGCACUCUACCA